UCACCUUCACCUUCCUUUUCUCCUCUCUUUUUGACUCCCAAAUCUUACACAAACAACACCUCAACAAAUAAUCAUUUCUUUUCACCUUUCUUGAUUCUUGUCCUUUGCCAUCUACCUUAUAAAUUUUCCCUCUUUAUAUACAACUAUUGACAACACUAGAAAAAAUCAAGAAAGCUAAAAAAAAAUAACCAAAAUGGCAGUGGAUGUAUGUUCUGAGAUUGCAAGUUUAGUAGUUAGUCCAAGAAUCUCAUUUUCACAUGAUCUCAAAGAAACUGAUGAUAUUAUCCCAAUUGAAUGCCACCAUUUUAGAUCAGAUGCAUUUCUUCUUGAAUCCACCAUUGACUUUGAUUUCUGUGUUACAAAUCAAAGCUUCUCUCAAGAAAAAAUCUCUUCUGCUGAUGAACUUUUCUCCAAUGGCAAGAUCUUACCAAUUGAAGUCAAGAAAUCAACACCCUUUAUAGAAAUUAAUCAAUCCGAGCCACAACAACAACUACGCCUCACUUCUAAACAAGUUGGGGUCGGCUAUAUGUCUGAGCCACAAUCUUUACAACAACAACAAUAUGAGCCACAACUAUGUUUCAGUCCUAAACAAGUUGGGGUCGGCUAUAUGUUCGAAUCGCAAUAUUUACAACAACAACAAUAUGAGCCACAACAACAACAACUAUGUCUCGGUCCUAAACAAGUUGGGGUCGGCUAUAUGUCGGAGCCGCAAUCUUUACACCAACAACAAUCUGAGUCGCAACAACUACGACUCAGUCCUAAACAAGUUGGGAUCGGGUAUAUGUCCGAGGCGCAAUCCUUACAAGUUAAACCUGCAGCACCAGUUCUUGAAACUGCUACAAAUGUGGAUACAAAGAAGAGGUUAAAAGAAUUUUUGUCAAGUAAUUGUGAUGAAGAAAUAGAGAAGCCACAAGCAAAACCAUUCUGGCAAUUCAGAAGAAGCAACAGUUUGAAUUGUGAAAAUGGUAGAAGCAAUGGAUUAAAAUGGUCUUCUUUGCAAUUUUUAUCAAGAAGUAACUCAACUGGUUCAGUUCCAAAUCAAAAAAAUUCAAAGAUUUUUCAGAAGCAAAAUUCACAAAAAGAACAAAUAAAAGUUUUGCGCAAGAGUUCAUCUUUAUCUUCAUCAUCUACAUCAUCAUCAUCUUCUUCUUCAUCUUCUAGUUUUUCAUCUUUUAAUCAGAGCCAUUCAUUGCAUUCAUCAUCUAAGAGGGCUCAAUCUCGACCGUUGAAAAAGAGUUACAGUAGAUCUUAUGGCAAUGGAAUUCAUGUUAGUCCUGUUUUGAACCUUCCACAUACUUAUAUUUCUAAAGGUACUGUUUGUUUGUUUGGUUUAGGUUCAUUAUUCUGUAAUGGCAAGUCCAAAAAGAAGAAAUAAUUUUGUUUCUGCAUAUUUUUUCAUAAAUCAAAUAUAUUCAUAGUUUGUCUAAAAGGAAAGUGGUAGCAUAGAAGAGAUCCUAUGUUGUUUUGACUAUCAGAAAAUAUUGUCCGGUGUAUGUUGGAUCUUGGAGGAUCAAACACGAAUACAACAGCAUUUUAGA